CUAGCUAACGGUUCGCUGGCAAUGUUGUUAGAAACCGCGGCUCACUGACUUCGAUAAUGUCUGAGCAGCUAUCUGUCAACCAGCGUAUCAUAGAAACCAUUCCCUUGUGUUUCCUUUAGAGCUAAUGGCACCCUGGACGACCCUGGCGCUCGGUUUCCUUCGCUUUAAUUAGACCCAAGCCGUUACUCGGAGAGUUAGCUAACGUCAGCCUGUUCCCAGGACCUGCUGAUAAAACAUCGAGCAAGAACCACUAUUUAAGUGAAAAUCCAAUGUUAGACGGGAGGUCAUUGGAAAAAGAGACUUAGCAAUGUACAGCCCGAAGGAGCUAGAAGGGGAAGUGGAUCACUCGUUCUUUGACAGCGACUGCGAGGUUGGCAGUGCGGAGUUGGGAAGGCCCAUCCACGAGGGUCCGGAGGAAGCAGCGGGCAGCCAAACGGAAAACCUCCAGACAGAGAGGAGGACAGAGAAAGGCGGAAGGACUGACGUGACAGACAAGCAAGGAGAAACCGCUCCUGAAGAGGAGGCGGGGGUAAAAAGGUUGGAGGAGGAUUUUUCCGGGCUUCAGGUUCGGACUUGGGAGAGGAAGGAUCAGUCUGAAGAUGCUGAAAGCGGGAAGGAAGAGUGUUCACAUUGGAGGGAUGAGAGAAUGGAGAGAGGGGAGGAGGAGAGCAGAGAAAGAAGGGAUCAUUCCAACUUGAAGGAAGAAAGAAAGGGUAAAUUUGAGACUGAUGUUUUGGAACAAAGACAGGAGGCUGAGUCUGGACGAGAGGACUCCGGUGCCUCUUCCAGGAAGUCCUCGCCGCUGCCGCAUUCUGAUGGGUCCGAAUCCAGGCGCAACAGCCAAUCGGACGACUCGUCGAGUGUCCGCUCCUACUCCUCUGUGGAGCCACGCUCCGAGGAUGAUGAUGAGAGUGUGGGCAGUGAGGAAGAGAGACCUCCUGAGCCCCAGCCUCCAGAACACAACCUACAAGUCUCCAUAAAUCCGAUUGCCAACAAGUUAGCGGGCAAGUUCCGGACAAGGAGCCAGGGCUGUUUGUCCUCUUCCGAACGCGAGAGCUCCAGCAGCAGUGAUGAGAAGGGUCCCACCUUCCCCCAGAACCCCUCCAUCACCCAGGCAGUGUCGUCCCCGCCACAGCAACCUCGGCGGGGCUCAGCCAAUCAGAGAGAGAGGCGAACAGACCCCGAGAUGGCUGAGUCAGAGGACACGGUCACGGACGUCACUCCCCUCUCCACUCCAGACAUUAGCCCCGAGCAGUCGUUUGACCGUACCGCACCCGAUGAACCGUCUGCAAUGGUUGCCAGGCAACAGCUGCAAGACAUGGCCCGGGGGCUGGCGGUUGCUGAAGAGGACAGAGCAAAGAGGGACAGCUCAGACACUGAUGGACAGGAGAGGACCGGCAGGCGGCUUGGCGGUGUGUCGGUUGUCUCCGGUCCCGGCAGCACCUCCACCAGCACCAGCAGCUGCGGCCGGCGUCGGCGUCGGCGCAAGAACUACUCCUUCACCGACGAGGAGGUGCGGCGCAUUGAACGCGAGAACCAGCGGCUCCUGCGGGAGCUCUCACGCACCCCCCCGCGCACGUGCAGCGCCGGCUCUGCCCUCGUGCUGGGCGGGCGCCGCCCAGCCGGACCACCAACGCUCCGCCUUUACCACACCGCCCUCAACAGGCAGCGGGAGCAGCAGCGCAUUCAGCGGGAGAACCUGGCCUUCCUGAAGCGGCUGGAGUCAGUGAAGCCCACUCCAGGAAUGACCCGGUCAGAGCAGCUAGCGGACUACCAGCGCCAGGCGGGAUACCUGGGAAUACCCAACUCACUGAUCAGACCCCUGUCAGGGAGGAGUUCCAGAUCCUGCAGUACAAACGGCCCUCACAGAACCAGGCCCGAAACAGCCAAACCCAGCAGAACUCCACCCCCACGACCAGCCUGGAACUGACCAAAAACCCAGCAGAAACACACCCCAGUGCCCUGACUAGACCAAGUCUAAAACCCAGACUGGACCAAAUCUAAAUCCCAUGCCAAUGACCCACCUGGACCAAAUUUUAAUUCCAGCAGAAUGCCACCCCAAUGGCCCACCUGAACCAAACCUAGAACCCAGCAGAACACCACCAACCUGGAUCUGACUAGCAGAUCCUAAGGCCUUCAACUCCCAUCCUGGCCCGGCAGACCAGUGCAGUGUCCCUGUUGUCUGCACCACAGGGACAUGAUUCUCUCUGCAUGUUCUUUUGAAUUACUGUGUUUGAAAACAGGACAUAGUCUAGGGGGCAUUUUUGUGGAAUUGUGAACAGGACCAAGUGAAUGUUGUAAGUCGGAUAACCUUCAUGUUGAGUUGAUUGCCAUUUUUUUCCAUAGUAAAGUUAGAGAUUAAUAGCAGUGGUUGGUAAGGAGGCUUUAAAUGUAGGAGGAACCUUAAUCCAUAAAUCUACAAGCCAGGUUGUCAGAUAUUAGUGCCAACCCUGAAUCUGAUGCCAACUGUCUUCUUAAACUUCAACAUGGAACGUUAAGCCUUAAAUUUAAACCUUAAACCCCUUCCCUUACCCCCCCCCCCCCCAAAAAAAACAGCAUAAUUUAUAAACCAUAGUAAUCUGUUAUUGAAUUGUGUGGGUGAAAAAUUCUUUGAAAUGCCACCUUAGAUCCCAAAACCUUUGCAAGAUCCUAACUUUCUUCCUGAGCGCUCUCUCUGCAACACCAGUGGUCGCUGUGUGGUGACGGUUUCCGAAAUCCCUGCUUUGAACACACAGGAGCCCUGCGUUGGGGGUCUGACCGACGAUCACCAUCACCUCAUCUGGAACUUGCAUCGACUGCCGAUCUUACGUACCCUUUUUUUGAGAAAAUGUACUCACAAAAUGUUUUUCCUCAAAACUGCUCAGCAACAGUGGGGAAAACAAUAAGCACGGUGUGACACACGUGCCACUUCAUCGUUACACUGCAGCUCCUGUGAACUGUGCUCACACGCUUUAGGGAAACAACCGAUAAACAUCAACAUUUUUGCUCAUAGAUGCUAAGAAAGCCUUCCUCUCAGUGUCUGUCCACGCUCAGGGCCGGAAAGACCUUUCAUGUCUGCAUUCUGUGUGCUUAAAGGGGCAGGAGGACUAGUUAAUAAACACCCAGGGACAGAAUUAAACAGCUAGCUUUUGGUGUAAUUAGAACAGUUCAUCUUUGCGGUGAGAGAUUAAUUAUAAAGUAGAAAGAUUAAUUAUAUAUUUGAUAUUGUCGAUGUUAUGUUGUUUUUUGAAAUAAAAGUUGCUCACUUGAAAUGGUGGCCUGACACUUGAAUGACAGACACACACGCGCAUACACACAGAGAUUCUUGUAUUAUUUCUAUUAUAUGUAUAAGUUUCCCUCCACUUUGUUUUCACUAAAUAUAUCUCAAAACCUAACUAAAAGUAAGGUAAAAUUGAAAAAGCUAAACGGCUAAAAUAUGACUAAAGCUAAAUAUAGAUUUAAAGAAAGGUCGAAGACAAACCAGCUUCCUUCCAUAAUUCACAGCGCCCCUCACCUGUUGCUAUAAACAGUUGUCAUUCGGUCCCCAUUUGCCUUCCACUCACGCGCAGGCUCUUCCAUUCACGCGCACCCUCUUAACCCAACUCAUUCAGCGCACGCGGACGUUUGUCGGUCACUGGUGUUUUAUCGCAUUAUCAUCAGUCUGUUGUACAACUUCACCCCCAUUCAAUGUUUCAAUCCGCAUUAAUAAUCCUAGUAAUUUGCCGUAAAUCCUGCACUGACUUUAGAAUUAAACGUAUCCGUUAAAGAAAAGUUAAUACUUCUACUCAUCCUACUUCUCCACGCGCAGGCUCUUCCACUCACGCGCACCCUCUUAACCCAACUCAUUCAGCGCACGCGGACGUUUGUCGGUCACUGGUGUUUUAUCGCAUUAUCAUCAGUCUGUUGUACAACUUCACCCACAUUCAAUGUUUCAAUCCGCAUUAAUAAUCCUAGUAAUUUGCCGUAAAUCCUGCACUGACCUUAGAAUUAAACGUAUCCGUUAAAGAAACGUUAAUACUUCUACUCAUCCUACUUCUCCACGUGUCCUUAUCUGUGUGCUUGCUGAGAAGCUUCCUUAGCUGAUAUCUUUAGCAGUUGUGCUUUAAUUAAGUCGUUCAUGGAAAUCGGUUGACGUAAAACCGCUUCAACCCACGUGAGUUCUUUUAAUUCACUGCGAUAGCCCUGCUAAUGUCUUGUGCUGGUAACUGCACUUGUGCCCACCGUUUAUCAGAAAGCAACACAGAUAUGUGAAGCUUUGGACUCUAACCAAGCUCGACUUAUAGCGCAAAACCUAAAAUACUCGUGCACAUACUGAAGAUCUACUUUACAAUAUUCUUACAACAUCGGUGGUGAGAAACGAUGGAGCAAUAGAAACAUGUCGAGACCUAAAGGAACGUCAAACAGGAGUGAUGUUUUCGUUUGCGUUUUUAUUAAAAGAACAUGUAUAAGGUGGAACACGCCACGAGAACAGUCGACCAUCGAGUGUACAGCCACGCGCUAAUUACCGGGAAGAACGGCUCCGCUUUCGCAGUCGCCGUGAGUUUUCUAAAUGGAACAAAUAAA